AUGUUGACCAAGUCUGAAUCUCGUUGGCUGAAGACUCAGGACGGCUACCUUCAAGCUGUAUUAAAAGUGAUGGAUGAAUUUGAUAUACCUUCCCGGAUUAAACUUUUGCUUCCACCCUUAAACCCUAUGGAAGCUAGAAAAAUAUUAUAUCACCUAGACCUUAUGUGUCCUAUCUUAAAAGCCCAGGAUUGUAUAGCAGAUUUGUUCAGCGCGGGGAUGGAGACUAUCCACAAUCGUUUUCCUCUUGAAGAAUGGUUGCACAUAUAUACAGAUGGCUCAAAGCUUGAGAUGGAUGGUGUUGCCGGUGCUGGUAUUUUUUGUGAGCAUUUCUCCCACUAUCUUUCGUUGGGAACAGCCAAGACCGCUUUUGAUGGUGAGGUUGAGGCAAUCAAAGUAGCUUUAACUCAUUUAAAUACCCAUCCUUCUCUUUUCGAUAAAGCUGUCAGCUUCUCGGAUUCCCAAGCUGCGAUUCUGGCCAUUGCCAACUACUCUCAAGCCCCUGGCUCUUUGUCCAUUGUGAAAUGUAGAUCUUUAAUGGCAGAGAUAGGUGAAAAAUAUAAAACAAUUGCCUUACAAUGGAUCCCAUCCCACUGUGGUAUCCCCGGCAACGAAAAAGCUGAUGUACUGGCCAAAAAAGGUUGCCUUGUUAAGCCUUGUCGCCUUGUUAAGCCAAGCCCCAAAUAA